AUGUCACACAUCCUCCUUACCUUAGCUCCCUACCAGGUCUUAUCCUACGGUACAUUACUUGGAACGCAGGUUUUCCAUACCUUUAUAAACUCAAUACUCUCCUUCAAAGUUCUCGAGCGACCCCAAUUCGCAAUCCUACAACGUGCCGUCUUCCCCGCAUACUUCGGCAUCCAGUCUGCCGCCCCCGUGCUUCUCGCUUUGACAUAUCCUGGGAGUAAGAACCCCCUAGGCGUUGCCUCGAGCCUCGCUGGUGUGUUCCACCCGUCAAACCGCUGGGGUGUACUCGCGCCGCUUGGCACCAUACUCGUAACAGGGCUUGUUAAUUUGGUAUAUCUACUUCCCGAGACGAACAAGAUAACCGCCUUGAGGCGAGAGCAAGAAAAGAAAGAUGGCAAAGCAAGUUACGAGAAAGGUUCUCACUCAGAGGAGAUGACUGCGCUGAACAAGAAGUUCGGACAACUCCACGGCAUCUCUUCGCUUGCUAAUCUCAUCACGGUAAUUGCAACAGUCGCCUACGGCAUUAACCUAUCUUCCCGACUCGUAUAA